UCAAUAUUUAUUAAAGGUGGCUAAUUGAAAGCCCAUAUGUAUAUACAUUUUACUCGUAGGUACUUCUGGGGUUAUAUUUGUAUUAUCAUUUCAAUUAGCGCUGAAAACAUCAGGGGAAGGAAAGGACAAAUUUUAAAUAAAAUUUAAUGACAUAGAUAGCUAAUUAAAAAUAUUUAAAAUUUGUAUCUAGUACAAAUAAUUAUACAAAAAAAAAUCUAUUUCCUUAAUAAGCUGGAAAUUACUUCAUUUAUAUACAAGGCCUCACCUUUAACAACCAAUGCAAAAAAAUUAAAAUAAAACGCUGAUAAGUCAGAAAUAUGUUUUGGAAAAAUAUUGUGCAUGCCAUAAACCAACAUAGAAAACAAUGGCCACAAAUAUUGUGCAUUUUAAUUUCUUGUUUCUCUGGAAUAUUAUACGGUUUAUCGUAUGCCUGGAUGUCACCGGCAAUUUUGGGAAUAACAUUGGAUGAAGAAAAUUAUAACUUAACAGAAAAUGAUGUCUUCUUGACUGUUAUUCCGUUAACAACUGUAGCAAUUGCAGCUGUUUUAUUUUCAUAUCUAAAUGAUGCAAUUGGAAGAAGAAUAACCCUGAUGAUAAUGUUGAUUCCGUAUAUGAUAUUCUGGAUGAUUAUUAUUUACCACAAAUGGAUGUAUUCGAUUUAUUUCGCCAAAAUUCUUGAGGGUAUCACUGAAUGCGUCUUCAUUUCACUUCCAAUGCAUAUUGGUGAAAUAGCAUCUCCAGAAAUAAGAUGUAGUUGGGGAUACAUGCUUCCUUUCAGUAGGUAUUUUGGAAUAUUUCUUCUUAAUGUAAUACUGAAAUAUAAUACCAUUAAUCGUACUGCUUACAUUUCCUUAGGGUUAUGUAUAAUUUUCCUAUCUAUUUGCCCUUUUAUCCAGGAAACACCCUACUAUUAUCUAAUGAAACGUAAGGAGUCAAAAGUUAAGAAUACUCUGCAAUAUAUGUACCAAGAAGAUGAUGUACAUGGAAAAUAUCAAUCCCUUAUGGACGAUGUACAUAGACAAAUGUUUGAGCCAGGUACUUGGAUGAGUCUCUUCACCAUCCCAACUAACCGUAAAGCCUUACUAAGAGGUUUAUACCUGCAAAUGGCAAUCCCUUUCAGUGGCUCUACGUGCUUAAUACUUUACGGUGAAGAAAUUUUUGAACAAUCUGCAGAUACGUUGUUUAUCAUUUAUAUGGGCACUUACUGCAUUGCAUGUAUAUUUGCAGCAUUCUCAGUGAGCAAAUUGGGAAGCAAGGUAUCAUUUAGGUACUCAUCAUUAUUUUGUACAAUAUUUCUGCUAAUACAAACCAUAUAUUUUUAUUACAAACAUCAUUCACCCGAUUCGGUAGAAGGUUUCCAAUGGGUACCUGUAACCAUUUCAAUGUUAUUUUGCAUUUCUCACGCUCUUGGUGUGGGAACCUUAGGUGUUCUCAUGAUGGGUGAACUUUUUUCACUGAGAGUUAAAAGCAAAGGUUUGGCCCUUUGUACUUUUGCCUAUAUUAUUGCAGAAGUCUUCAACAACAAAAUAUUCAACGUCCUGCUCACCUUUUACAGCCUUUUUGCUUCACUAUUAUAUUUAACGUGUACGUGUGGAUUUUUCUUUUUGUUUUCCUUCCGGAUGGUUCCGGAAACCUACAAAAAAACCUUGGGGGAAAUUCAACAAGAUUUUGCAAUUAAAUAAACCUUGCUUGCAAUAAGGUAAAUAUGUUUAUAAUACAUAAAUAAAAAUGAUAUGUAAAUAUAUUAAUAAGCAUGUAAAUAUAUUAAAUAUAGCAAAUUUGGUUCAGUAAAUUGUAUUUUAAUUUUAUUUUAUAAAGC